UCACCAGAUCAAGUGCGACUGGCCUUUUUCUUGUCGGCGAAACGUACAGUUUGAUUAGGCUGCAUCGGGAUCGGACUCUCCACCGUCGACUUCACUUGUCCGUUAACCGGUAAGCAAUUCGAUUUCAAAAGGAAGCCUUGAAGAAACUCUACAACGAUUUAGUUGCUUCAAACAUUUUAGACCUCGCCUUACCUAACCGACAAAGCUCGUUAAUCUCUGGAAGAGCUAGUAUGGGAUCGGACAAUUGCAAUUGGCAUUCAGAUUUGGACUAUGACCAAUGGGUUGCCCUCCCGGUAGCUGGGCCACGACCAUUAGCCCGUUAUAAGCAUGCUGCAGUCGUCAUUGAUGAAAAGCUUUACAUUGUUGGUGGAAGUCGUAAUGGGCGAUACUUAUCUGAUGUUCAGGCACUUGACCUGAGAAAUUUAAGUUGGUCCACAAUUAAAUUAAGUACACAGUCAGAGGCUGAUAAUAUCAGAGAUGGUAGAUUAUUGGAAGUUUUCCCUGCUAUCUCUGGUCAUAGCAUGCUUAAGUGGGGAAACAGGCUCCUUCUCCUUGGUGGUCACUCAAAGGAUACGUCUGAUAACAUUACAGUGCGGUUUAUUGAUCUCGAGUCACGCGUGAGUGGGGUAAUGGAAGCCACAGGAAAAAUUCCGGUAGCUCGUGGUGGGCAAUCUGUGUCAUUGGUUGGUUCAAAACUUAUAAUGUUUGGGGGAGAGGACAGACAAAGACGACUUCUGAAUGAUGUAAAUGUCCUUGAUCUGGAGACAAUGAUUUGGAAUGUUGCUGAAACAACGCAGAGUCCUCCAGCUCCCAGAUUUGAUCAUACAGCUGCAGUGCAUGUAGAUCGCUACCUUCAAAUAUUUGGUGGCUGUUCUCAUUCAACUUUCUUCAAUGAUCUGCACGUGCUGGAUUUGGAGACCUUAGAAUGGUCCCACCCACAGGUUCAAGGUAAUUUGGUGUCUCCUAGGGCAGGCCAUGCCGGCGUCUCUAUUGAUGAAAAAUGGUUUAUAGUUGGUGGUGGAGAUAAUAAAAGUGGCGCUUUAGAGACAUUGGUGCUGGAUAUGUCCAAACUUAUCUUGUCAGUCUUAACGAGUGUAGAACGGAGAGAUCCACUCGCCAGUGAGGGGAUCACCAUAUCAUCAGCAGUAGUAGAUGGCGAACAAUUUUUGGUUGCUUUUGGUGGCUACAAUGGGAACUACAACAAUGAGGUAUUUGCAAUGAAGCCUAAACCAAAGGACUCUAAACAUCCAAAGAUCGUCAAGUCAUCAGCAGCUGCAGCUGCAGCAGCUUCUGUUACUGCUGCAUAUGCCCUAGCCAAAUCUGAAAGCCUAGACUUGACAUCCAUCGAGAAUUCAAAAACCAAGGUGGAUCUUUCAGUUGAAAUUGGUGUUAUCAAAGAAGAGAAAAAGGUGUUGGAAUCAUCCAUUGCCUGGGUCAAAGCAGAAAAGUCUACUCUGAAUGCAAAGCUUGAUGAAAUCAACGAAACUCAUGCUGACUUAUCAAAGGAAUUGCAUUCCGUUCAAGGUCAACUAGCUGCUGAGAAAUCUAGAUGUGCUAAUCUGGAGACUCAGAUUUCGGAGCUACAGAAGAUGCUAUUGUCGAUGCAAGACAUUGAGCAGAAGGUUCAAGCACUCCGCUCACAGAAUUCUGCAUUCGAGCAUCAUACUACUGUCCAGAGACAAAGUUCAGGUGGAGUUUGGAGGUGGAUGGCUCCCUAGACUGGGAUACAGGAGACUUCCUAAACUUUGAAGUUUAUUUACCUUAUAAUCAUAACCCAAGACACAAAACUUUUCUGUCAGCUGGAUUUUGGCAGUGGAUAUCAAAGUUCUGUAACUGGGGUCAAAUGGUCAACUUCCAUGAAGAAAGUCUUACGAAACACUUGCUGAUGCUCGAACUUCUUGAAAAGAGAAACAAUCUGCUCUUUUUUCCCAUUGCUGUUUUCUUUAAUGGUUACAAAUUAUAAGAAAUAUUUUUUUUCUUUUUUUAAUCAUGCAAUGGUAAUUACUUCGUUUCUGUGAAGCUUGAGCUCUCAUUUGAUUUGUUUUGGAUACAACCUUGUACUUAUUCAUCGUUCGUUUGGAUUUUAUUAGAAAGAGGAUGACCAAAUGGUUUAUG